AUGAGUAAGGAGAAAAGUACACGGCGGUCAAUAUUUAUACCGCCUAGUUAUUCUGAUCAAAAUGAAACGCAGCAGAAAACUAUGGAGCUUGAAAACUUGGAGCAAGAGCUUACUCUGACUCUUCAACAAAUAGACAGUGACUUAACAAAAACUAAUAGAAUAAUCAACGACUCCAUAAUACCUGUGAUGCGUCGGUACGGCGCAGCUUCUCAGGGCGUUUGGCAGGGUGUUAAGGUUUGGAAGUCUUUUUUUGAGGCCAGUGCUAAUGUGCAGUUAUCCGGUUAUGAUGAAGCAAUGGAAUCCUAUGAUGAUUCCACUCUGCACAACAAGAAUUCCGUAAAUACAGGAAAGGAUUCCGCAAAGGAGUUCAAUGACGAUGGAAAUACGGGUGCUGUUUCAAAUCACACUACUGACGACAUACAAAAAAGGUAUAGAGAAUCCCAUCGGAUAUUUGAACAGAAACGUGGUCCCGAUGAUGAUACAAUGACGGAGUCAUUCCCAACGAGAAUCAAGAAUUCUACUCCUAACAAAACAGGGAGAAGCUUCCAAUUUGACGAUAAUACUGCUUCUGUGUCUUUAGAUCCACCUUCUCCUACAUAUCACCAUCUCAAAGCACCAAAGGAACUGAGCUCAGAAAAAGAUACGAGCCCGAAUAAACAAACACAAAACCCAGAUCAACCAACAACAAGCUCCAUUUUUGACUCUUCAAAACUACAGCAAGCUCAGGAAGAACAGCGAAACAAGUUGAUGUUCAUGCAUCGUGCCUUGGAUAAUGUUUGGCAGGUACAAAUGACUCCCAAGAAGCGAGAGAAUACACCAAUAGUGAAUAGCAGAACACCAAAGAGGCGGAGCGAACAUAAAGUAAGGAAAGCACCUCAAUAUGAUUCGUCACCCUUUAAUGCUCCUGAACCUCCCCAGCUUCAAUCAGACUUGAGACUUUCAAUGCCUAGCUCACCAUUGCGACAAGUAGAUGAUGAUCAAGACGAGUCCUUCAUGGUAGCUCCUCAGAUAUCAGUAGAAACGAAGAAGAUGUCGGAAUCUACUCAGAAAGAGCAGUUGUUCGACGAAAUUGAGCUUCCAGAAUCUACAGAGAUAGAAGACACAACGUUGAAGAAGAUACCAGGAAAAUACGCAGAUUCUAAAUAA